UUCCAUCCGGUUUCCAAGGUUUCGCUCUGACUAACCCGGAUCCCACCCGCGUCGCGCACCUGGCAUGAUGGGAGAGUUUGCCAGUGGGAAUUUUUUGCAUUCACAAAAUUUGAAUUCGAGACCUUAUUUAAGCGAUAACAAACCGUUUACCACUUGGACCAACUCCUAUUGAUUAGUGACUGAUAAUUUGAUGACGCAUCUAAACCAAUAUGAAUAAAAAAGAAACAAAAGUGGGUUUCUUUCUGUUAUUUUCUAAAAGAAAAGCAAGGAAGAAUGAAGUGGAUCAUAAUUGGAUUGAGUUGUUGCCAUGGUGGUGGUGGAUACAUUACCCUUGCACUCUCUCAAAGAUUAGGCUAAUAAUCAUGGACGGUCCUCGACCUUUGCACUAAGCUUCCCUAAACCCCCUCACCUUUCAAAAGCUUCACUAAACCCCCUGACCUUUAUGGCGGCGCCAUUCACGGCCCUUCUGAAAAAAAAAACACAAAAUCGCGGCGCCGCCAACGAUUUAAUCGUUUGCAUGCGUUUUCCUCGCCACCUGUCGACCCACGUGACUUGUCCACUGUCAGUUGCAACAGUCCCUCCCUCUGACAUGUCGGUUGACUUUUCAAAUUUUAAAAUCAAAAAAAAAAUUAACCGCUCGGUAAAUUUUCUCUCUCUUUCAUCUUCUUUCUGACAUACUCUUUCUUCUUCAUUAUAUUUGUUUUUGAAAUCAGUCUUUUUCUAUUUCCCAUCUCCUCUGACCUAGACGUUUGUCAUCGUCGUUUGGUUGCUCUUCAUUUUCUCUCGUUCUGUAGUUCGCCUGCGUUGCAUUUCGAGGAAGAACAAAUCCGGGCUAAGAAGAUAAUGGGAAAAGAAAAGAUCUUCUUCGGCAGUGAUGAGACGAAAGGGAAGAAACGGCCAGCCCGUACUGUGGAAGUGGAUUCUCAGAUCCUGGAAAUUGUUCUGCACUAUGAUGGAGAAUUUGGAGAAGGUGGUUAUUUGUGGGGCGACGUGUGUGCAAGAUGUUUUGACAUUUCCCAACUGUCACUGAAUAGGCUUGAUUUGUGGGCCAAAAAAAUUGGAGUGAAGGGGCUGGUUAUGUAUUAUUGGAGGCAGCCAGAGUUGGACUAUCAUCGAGGGAUAAAACCUCUUGAACAUGAUAGAGAUGUUGAGGAGAUGGCAAGGGCUGCACUAAAAGAAGGUGUGGUUGAUGUCUACGUUCGAUAUUUAACCUCUGAUGAUGUGCAUAAUUUGGUGCCUGAGAGUGGACCCAAGUUAGAAUUGAAAGAAAUUGAAGAAGAUGGUCCAUUUGAGCCAGUUGAAGAUGGUCCAGUGGAGGCAGUUGAAGAUGCCGCGGGAGUUGAAGAAGGUCCAGGUGAUGAAUUAUUGUUGCUAGAGUGGUACGGCACUGAAGAUGAGGGCCAAGUAGAAGCCUUGGAAGUGGAGAUUGCUGCUGCUGAAGGCCCAUCUGAUGUGGCUGAAGGUCCAGAAGAAGGGUGCAGCAAAAAACAGAAGAACAAAUAAAAACGAAAGAACAAAUAAAUGUAGCGUUGUUUUGUAUUUCCGGAUAUUGUUGUUAUUUUAUUUUAAAACACUUAUAUGUUUUUUAUAUGUGCUAUUUCAUAAUUUAGCAUUGUUUAUUAUUUCCUGA